GUCUUUUUAUUUCAAAAGGCUGCUGUCUACAAGUGUAACAUGGCUGGUAAGCCUGCUGUGAUUACUCGUGUUGUGGACAGUAUGACUGACAACCUGAGACCAACUCGUGCAGAAGCAACUGACGUGGCUAAUGCAGUACUUGAUGGAAGUGAUGCAAUUCUUUUAGGUGCUGAAACUCUUCGAGGAUUAUAUCCUGUUGAGACUAUUUCAACUGUGGGUAAAAUUUGUGCAGAGGCUGAGAAGGUUUUCAAUCAGGAUUUGUACUUUAAAAAGACUGUGAAAUAUGUUGGUGAACCGAUGACCCAUUUGGAGUCUAUUGCUUCAUCUGCUGUACGUGCUGCUAUCAAAGUUAAGGCUUCUGUUAUCAUUUGCUUCACGUCAUCGGGAAGAGCUGCAAGAUUAAUUGCAAAGUAUAGGCCUACUAUGCCGGUAUUGUCGGUCGUUAUUCCUCGGCUCAAAACAAACCAACUUCGAUGGAGUUUCACUGGGGCUUUUGAAGCUAGGCAAUCGCUCAUAGUCAGGGGCCUUUUCCCCAUGCUUGCUGAUCCUCGACAUCCUGCGGAGUCUACAAGUGCCACGAAUGAGUCUGUUCUGAAGGUUGCUCUUGAUCAUGGCAAGGCCUCUGGUGUGAUAAAGUCACAUGAUCGAGUUGUCGUCUGCCAGAAAGUUGGGGAUGCUUCGGUGGUGAAGAUUAUCGAGUUAGAGGAUUGAACAGCUGCUUUUUGGUGACUCUGCAUGAUGGUCAAGUUCCAACUGGAGCUUGAUACCUAUAAUUUAUUGAGUGUAUGCUGAAGCAAUUCCUGUUCCAGUUAAAGGCAUUAUACAGCCAACAAUGUUUGGUGUUGGUUACAGACUCCGAAUUGCAUGUUGAUUCUUCCUGUCAUGUGUAAGGCAAUGCCGGAGUAGCUUGCAAAUAUUUGCAUUUUGCAAUCUUGGAUAAUUGCUAAGAUGCUCGUUUUUGAAGCCUA